GACAAAUAUGCUUCGCUUCAGUCUGGACCUAGAUACAGCCCCGACUUUGUCAACGGUGUCCCGAUUUCACAGCCACUUGCUUGGGGAGUUUGAGCAGUUGGCUUACAGAGGAAGAGGAAAAGGGACCAGCGGUGUCACACCAACCGUGAAGAAUGUGGCGGCGACGAACCAAGAUGGAGGAGGAACCCCAAAGGGUGGUACGAGUCCGCAACAGCCGGCGGGCAAACCGUGCAAGUUCUUCCUCUCGGAGACGGGUUGCAAGCGCACCAACUGCAAGUACGCCCAUGAUUGGAUGGCGAUACCAAAGGAGGAGAGAAUGGAGCGCUGUAAAGCAUGUGGAGGAAAAGGGCAUAUGAAGCGAAACUGUCCGGUCAAGGAUGGGAAUGCGGAUGGACCUCGACGGGGUGAUGAAGGAAAAGGAGGCCAGCCACCUAAGGUGAGGAGUGCUACCGCCGGAGGCCAGAAAGGAGGAGAUGGAAAGAGAGAUGAUGGGACCAUGCCCGGCAGCACCACAUCUUCCACUCCGGCGUCUUCGUCACUGGGAGGAUCUAUGGACUCCAAUCAAGGAGGUGGAGGAGGUUCAACGUCUACGACACCAAUGGCGGCGAAGGAGAUGGACGACUUCCUCAAGAACGCUACGCAGGUUCUGAAGCUUAUGACGGACCAACAAGCUGGGUUGGGAGCAACUAAUCCAACGAUGAAGAUGCUCAAAACGGUGGUGGCGGACUACGAGCGGAAGAUGGCCUUGGUGGAUUCGGGGGCAACACACCCGUUGAGGAGGGCUACUGAGAGUGAGUGGGUGGAGUCACCGGAAGUUGAUGUUAUAGUGGCGGGGGACAGUACAGCACGCAUGAAGCAAACAGGUGCCGGUACUUUGCUCACAAAUCCCAGGCCUUCUACGUCUUCGACGCAAACUAUUUUACCAGUGGGCAGCCUUGUGAGUGUGCUGGGGUAUGAACUUCGUUGGAACCGCAAACGGUGCCUGCUUCGAGCGCCGGAUGGGAAGGAAAUCCCUUUGAGAGUGGCGUCUGGAUGUCCAGAGCUGGAUGAAGCCAAGGCAUUACCAGUUAUUGCCGAAAUAGAGCAAGAGAAUGUGAACCGGCUACAACAACAGGUGGAGACUACGCGGAUCGCUAUGUUGCGGGCUUGCAUGAUACAAGGUGACGAACAAUGGGAAAAAAGCCUGAAGCAGUAUGUGCAGCAUGGUGUAUUCGAAGACGGCUUCCGCUCAAUGGUUUCUGCGCCCUGGGCAAGGGACGUGCCUCGGGAAGCUCUCGUCAAGGUGAUCAUGGACCUCCCCAAGACGAACGACGAGGCAUGGAAGCUAAUGUACGAGUUGGGUUUCAACAGAAGGAUGCGGAAGCGGUUGGUUCACAAGGAUUGGAUCGUCAAGCUGUUCAGCGGGCCACGGUCGCCUAUGGACAAGACCUUCAAGGCGGUGGAAAGCAGCGGAUCGUUGGUGUUGGAUAUUGAUGUUCAGCGCCUGAGCACGCUCGACCUGAGGAGUCAGGGCGAUGGAAUUAUGAAGCUGUUGCUUUGGGGCUCGGUUACGGGCCGUGUCGCGGCAGUGGUUGGAGGCUUGCCAAAGACCAAUACCGAGGAUCUUCUUUUGCGCUCAGUGGUUUUGGUGGAGGUAGCAAAAGCGGGACGAGCGGCUAUGUGCGAAGCCGUGGACGUGCCUAUGGAUGGUGUGGCUGUAUCGCUGUGGGCGUCGUCGGAGGCUGAGGAGGAUGAGGCGGUCUUGGACACGCUGCAAGGAGACCUACAACAAUGGCUACAAAUAUGGACGUGUCCGAGCUCCGGGGUGUUACGGAUCAGAGAAAGGAUGGUACCCGAGGCUGUUGAGAGCAUUGAAGGCGGUGGACAGGAGGAGCUGGGAAAGGCAUUUAGCCAACGACCACGACCAAAGGGAGAACGGCAUGCUAUUGUGUUCACCUACCAGUUUCCCAAACAACAUUUGGCACCGGAGGACCAACCUACGCCUGAAGAGGAGUUGGUGGGAUGGAACUUGGACGUGAAGGUGGCGCAGCCAGAAGUACCGGAGGGAGAUGAGUAUUCGCCAGACGAAGGAGUAGACGCGGAACUACUUCCAGAGGAGCUUGAAGAACUACGUCGAGUACAAGCAGAGGUGGUGGAGCCCCCCGGGGAAGCAAUGGCUGGACUACACAAGUUGAAGAAAGGCAAGGACUCGGAGCCUAAGGAAGAUUGGUGGGAAUUUCGGGAGGCGAUUACGGAGAUACAGUAUGAUGGAGGAGGUGUGGAUAUGGAGACGUCUGAUUGGCAUGGCUCCGAGUUUGCUUCGAAGGGGCUGAGAAAAUGGCUGUUGGACCACGACAUCUACCACACCCGUUCGGAAGCCUUGGUGCCGCAAACAAAUGGGGCAGCGGAACGUGGAGUACGAUGGUUCAAGACGAGGGCCAAGGUGUUGUUGGAUGAGGCCAAGGUACCGUUGAAGUAUUGGACGCUGGCGAUGCAGCACGCAGCUCACAGGAGGAUCUAUGAUCGUCUGGGAUUGUCCAAACCAGAGCUGCUCAAGUUUGGUGCAGAGGUGUUCAUUCGACGGAAGGUGUUCGGGAACAACAAGAAGUAUGACCUCACGGACAGAUGGGAGAAAGGAGUUUACCUGGGUCUGUCGGAGGAAAAGGCCAAGUACUUCUACGAAAACGCGAAGUUCGACGAUGAGUCUUGCGCGGAGCUGUUGGACGCUGUUGAUGUUCGAGGCCUACGGGGAAUAACUUUGGCGGCGGGGAAAAGGACGUGGCUGACAAAGUACCUGAACGCUAUGUUGAAGUUGCGGGCGUCAGCGGAUAUUCCUGGGGAUGUGGCAUGGACUACACUCGGUGUUUUCAAGGCGAAGGAUAUUCCCCCUCACAGAGAUCUUCGCAAUCAACCUGGUUCCCUCAACUAUGCUACGGAGGUGCACGGGGACCUAGUGAAGAUCAAUGGACGUGUGGUUGCCUUUAAUCCAAGGACAGUGCACUCUUAUGUGGACAAGGAGGCGGAGCGUUGGAUUGUGGCCGGUUUUACUCCCUUGGGCGUGGAUAAGUUGAAGCCAGAGACUGUUGUACAUCUGAAGCGGGCGGGCUUUCCUCUGAGGAGUUCUUCGGUGCCUAUGGAUGGAGCAGACGAGGAUGAGGAGGAGUUGGGCAGCAGCAUAUCAGAUGAGGAAACCUCGGAAACUGGUGAGGAGGAGGUCGAUCAUCAAGCAAGGGUGCUGAGGUGUUGCUUGGAGAGCCAAGAGUAUUUACGGCAUGAAAGGGAGCACCAAGAUGAGUACUCGUUGUAUUUGGAAUCCAUGCUCGAGGAGUUUGCAAAUGAUAUCAAGCAUCAAGAGAGGACUAGGAUCCGAAAGAUCAUGAAGGUCUCUCCUGGGGCGGCUGUGGAUGUGGAGGUGGAACAGCUGUUGCAGGAACUACAAGCACCGCUGGAGGUAGUACACAAUGUUAGUUUGCCGGAGGUGAAGAAACACUUACCAAAGUGGCGAGCGGCUAUUCAGAAAGAAGUGAAGGCGUUGAUUGACAGUGGCACGAUCAAGCGAAUAAGUCCUCAAGAAGCACGUGAACUACGAACGAAGGGCAUGGUGGUGCUCCCAGGAAAGGGAGUGUUCACUGUCAAGCCGCCGGUCGAGACAAAGGAGGGUGAUGCAACUAUGUACCGACGUAAGUGCCGGUUGGUUGUCUGUGGGAACUACUUGCCACAGAACAACAACGACGUCUACGCGAGCGGGACCUCGGCGGACUCCUUCCGGAUUGCGGUGGCCUAUGCAGUAUAUCGCCGGUGGUCCGCUGGAGGUUUCUUGGUGAUGGUAAACAUGGAAACGGACGAGAAUGUCUGGAUGGUCAAGGGUGAGAACGAAGAAGAAGUCAAAGGAGUGGUUUUGAUUUAUGUGGACGAUAUUUUAUUCCUUUCCAGCCCUUCCAUCAUACAGAGCCUCUACGACUGUGCAUGGAAGUGUACGGCCUUGGAAAAGAUUGAGGACACUGAUGAGGAGCCAGCACCAGCUGAUGAGAUGCUGGUCAAGAUGGCGCAGAAGGCUACAGGAGAAACAUUGUGGUUGAGUACGAGAAGCCGGCCGGAGCUGGCGCACAGUGUGGCAUGUAUGGCGGCCAGAGCACUCAACAAACCGCAGAGGGCUUUGGAGAUUCACAAAAGAAUGGUGCAAUACCUGGCGCGCACAGCGGACUACGGCAUGUACUACUACCACGAUAAGUCCGAGCCUCUACUUACGGUGUUUUCAGACGCAAGUUUUGCGCCUGGCGGUGGGCGCUCGUUUGGGUGUAUCAUGGCCCAACUGGCCGGAAUGCCAGUGGCUUGGCGAGCGAGUAAGCAACCAGUGAUUACUCUCUCGGUCGCCGAGGCGGAGUUGUACGAGGGCGUUGCUGCGGUUCAACUCGGUCUAGGAGUCGAAACCAUGUUGCGCGAGCUGGGAGAGACACCGGUGAUGGUGUUGAAGAUCGACAAUCAGGCUGCGCAAGGCCUGGCAAGCCAGGCCCCCGGGUCGUGGAAGACCCGACACCUUCGUAUACGGGCGAGGUUUCUUCGUCAAGAAGUCAAUGAGCAGAGGCUGCUCAUUACUCACGUACCCGGGGACCUGCAGAAGGCGGACAUCGGCACAAAGGCCUUUGACCUACCUAAGUUCAGAUCCCUGAUGACGUUAUGGGGAAUGGUCCCGUGGAAAGGUGGGGAUGCAGCAGCGACUACGGUGAAGAUGAUGUCAGUGGUGAACAAAAAGAGGCCGCUGGUGUUUAUACUGGUCUGUCUGAUGAUCCUGAAGACUGCUGGCGCAAACAAAGAGGACUUGCCCUUAGAUGGUUCCCUGGAGUUCUAUGCGAUGGUGAUGAUAGCUGCUGUGGCAGCUGUUGCUAUCUGGGAGCUGUUAAAGGGGGCUGGCAACCUGGUCGCUAAGUGGUGUGCGGCGGCGCGUCGCAAGCGAGAACGACUAGAGAAGUUGCGAGCCCGGGCUCAGACGGCAGUCCAGGAGGAGAUGAGGAGGUUGGAGAUGCGGGACACGGGCGGACUUCUUGGUGGCCUGAAGGAGCAGAUGGAAGAGAAGUGCCAGAGGCUCAGAAAAGGUCGGGAGGAGCUGGUGGCCUUCAGCAGACGCGCCGAGACGCUGGAAGCAGAGCUGGAGGCAAGCCGUGGCAUGGAGGUCAAGCUGAGGCUCGGUGAGGCUCAGACGGCCCGAGCCGGGGCUCCGUCGGCCUUCGCCGCCGCGGCGGAGGCUCGGGACCUGCGGGAGGCCGCCGCCAGGGCCGAGCGCCAGGAGGUGCACCCGAUCACUGGCACAGUGAUGAUUUUGAUUUCUUCGGAUCUGGUGUCAAACUUUGUAGAGGUCGAGCUGCAGAGGGCAAGGAGCCUCGCGGUAGCGGAAGCUGCCAGAGACGCCGCGGCGCAGCAUCGGGCCCUGGAGUCUUUGGAGCUCGAAGUCAGGGAAGCCGCCGAGCGUCCGCCUGAGAGCUCGCCGGCGCCGGCGCCGCCCUCCUCGCGGUCCUUGGAUCAUCAGCGCAAGUUCGUGAACGCAUGGAAGCCAAACGGCCGGGAUCUUCCCGACACCGCGGAUGACAAGGCCAUGAGUUUUGACCUCGCCAGCAACAUCUUAAGAACCGGAGCUUACUUCAAGAAGAAAGCUGGGCGGCGCUCUUCCGUGACGCGAUACUUCUUCGUGGGCGACCCGAACAGUGCCCAAGGAUUUCUCAGAUACUUCCGAGACCACAAAGCCGCUGCGUCGGCGGCGACGCCCCGGGGCGGCUUCGAUCUGGUCGACCUGGUGAGGGCCAACUGGGAUGGCCAGCAGUGCAGCAUCACCUUGACGCAAUCGGCCAAAACCGAUGCGUCGGAGAGGGGCUUGGUGGAAAUUCCACAGGCCUUCUUUCAGGCUCUUCUCUUUGCAGUUCAUGAAGCGGAGUUUCGACGCCAGCAUCCUGAUUUCAGAGACGGCUGA